AGUUGAGUACCUAGUUGUUAACUCUGAUUCAGCCCCGUAAAUUGCGUAAUGCAGUUGUUGUCCAACAGCCCUACAUUUCCUUCCUUAUAUCACUUAGACAAAGCAUAGCCAUGCCAGUGACUCGUUUGGUGUCAACAUCGAUAUCAGUCGACGUCUUUCUCAUUUUAUAGCCACCUCUCUUUAAAGAAUAUCCCACCUUGAGGUCCUGUUGAUGCGCUUGCAAACUAACAACAUGGACUCACAUGUUCCCUUGAAAUGGACGAAUACAUAAUCAAGGUACUCCGUAAGCUAGUCUUGAUAGGUUGUGAAGCCUAGCUAUUCGGCUGAUGUUUUGCGCCAAACCACCAAAGCACCAUCAGAAACCAUGAUGGCUUUCUUGUUACAGAACGCUGGACUCUGAAGUAAGCAAUUUUAACUCAUUCUUAGCCUGCAACCAUGGAUACUUUAGCCUAAGGUAGCUCGUCCAGAUACACAAUACUCACUAUUCCCCGUUGACAUCGGCCGAGAUAUAAACCUGAAAAGGAAACUCGGCGACCAAGACUCCGAAAAGGACAACAAAACAUUAGAAACCAACAUAAGGUGAUCCUGAGCAUAAAUAUCAUGGAAGAAGACAGGUUCUCGAUAUUCAAGUCCGGUUUCAUAAUUCUGCCUAUGGUGGUUCCGAAUUACGUUGAAUAGUUGCCGUCAAUAACGUAUCACAUUGCCAUCAUGAAGACCACUUCCGCUGGAUUCGUGUUCACGUCGGCUGUGCUGGCUGGACUCGCUCAUGCAAUCGGUAUGGCACCGCCGCCGCCUGUUGAGCUUGUGCAGGGCUUCGACUGGAAGGACCCCUUUGCUCUCGAUGCCAUGGCCUCAUUCCGACCUACCUGCGAGGCCAAGGCUCAGUUUGAAGCUCUCGAGUACACCCUCAAAGACUUGAUGGAACCUCCUCCCAAGGGGUUGAAGCCAUGGUCGAAGGGCCUGAAGGCGGUGUUCGCUGAUAAAGAAUACCCUGGAGGGUGGCUGGGUCUCGAUCCUCACCUUAAUGGCCGAAGUCUGCUGCUGAUGAACUACGAUCAAAUGCCUCUCCUGGUUCGCAGGUGGAUUGAACAACAGGAACGGACUGAUGGGAAGGGGAAGGCCCUCUUUGCCGUUCUUGAGAAGCCAAAGAAUGAUGAGGAUGAGAUCGAGAAAGUUGUUCAGUUCCCUGAAGCUGACAAGAUCGAUCGCGACAAUGACAAGGACAAGGUUGCCAUAUUCGCACCUGGCGCCUUGUAUGGGAUCCUUCCUCUGUGGACGGCAGAGACAAGUAAAUGCGAGGAUCAACUUGUCGACCUGAGCAAGUAUAAGCCCAGGCCUUCAGAUGGCGGGGUUGUUGGUUGGGUUAUGCAUACUGAACCCCAGGACUAUAAGACGAAACUCGACAUCAAAGUCCAGGCACUGAAGACGAAGGAAGUCAGGAGUGGUCAGGAACAAGGCCAGGCAAAGUCUGCAUCAAGAGAGGAGCUGUAGGGUAGACGUGGCUGAAUAUCUUUCCAUGCUCAAUGUUGAAAUGACUUGACUGCAAACUCUCAGUGCCCACUUACUUGCUGUGGACGUUUUUGUGAUCUUCUUCUGUAGCCAAAUAAUAUUGGUAAAUAGAGGGAUAACUGCAUAAAGGGCAUUGUGCCUGUACUUGAUGAACACC